UUCAAAAUAAACAAUUCAAACAAAGCACUCAUCAAUCCUCAUAAUAACGCGGAAACGCGUGAAUUAGCGCCGAUUCUGAAAGUUAUAGCGAAGGGCAGACAGCCAUGUCCUGCCAUAGCUUUAUCCUUUUCCCAAACCCUAUCACCGCCGCUGUCUGUCCCUCUUUUCCCAUGCCCAUUUAAGAAAUACACAUAUAUUAGGAUCUAGGAGGAUUUGAUUUCAUUGACGUUGUCUGAUUUCUUGCUUCCUCAGACUUCAGAUCUAUCGACAUUGUCGAGAUUUGUCGGCGAAAUGAGGCGUUUGGUUGUGCUGUUUUUGGUUGAAAUUUUAGCCCUAAAUUCGAUUGUCGAAGCAGAGGAUGCUUACAAGUAUUACACAUGGACUGUCACUUACGGAACUGCUGCGCCGCUCGACGCUCCUCAACAGGUUAUUCUCAUCAACGGUCAGUUUCCGGGGCCUACGCUCGAUACUGUGACGAAUGAUAACAUCGUCCUCAACCUAAUCAACAAGCUCGACCAGCCCUUCCUUCUUACAUGGAAUGGGAUUAAGCAGAGGAAGAACUCCUGGCAGGAUGGGGUUUAUGGAACUAACUGUCCGAUCCCUCCGAAUUCCAACUACACUUAUAAAUUCCAAACCAAGGAUCAAAUCGGUAGCUACACCUACUUCCCGUCGACUCUGAUGCACAGAGCCGCCGGAGGAUUCGGCGUUUUGAAUAUCUACGCCAGAUCGGUGAUUCCGGUGCCGUACGCCAAGCCCGACGGGGAUUUUAGCCUCCUCGUCGGCGAUUGGUACAAAACCGGCCACAAGGAAUUGGCGCAAACACUCGACGCCGGUAAGCCAUUGCCGUUCCCCGACGGCAUCCUCAUCAAUGGCCGCCGGCGAUCUUCAUUCAGCGGCAACCAAGGCAAAACUUACAUGUUCAGAGUAUCCAACGUCGGACUGUCGACCUCGUUCAACUUCAGAAUCCAGGGGCACAAGCUGAAGCUCGUCGAGGUCGAAGGGUCGAAUGUUCUUCAAAACGUGUACGAUUCUCUAGACGUUCACGUCGGCCAAUCGGUGACAUUGCUCGUCGUCCUCGAUCAGCCUCCGAAAGAUUACUACAUAGUUGCCUCCACAAGGUUCACCGAGACUGUCCUAACGGCCACUGCAGUUCUGCACUACGCCAAUUCGCAGUCCCCUGUUUCCGGGCCUGUCCCGGCAGGCCCGACCGCCACUGAUGUGCCGUGGUCCGUCGAUCAGGCCAGGUCCUACCGGUGGAAUUUGACCUCGAAUGCCGCCAGGCCGAACCCUCAGGGCUCGUUUCAUUACGGGAAGAUCACGCCGUCGAGAACGAUUCUGAUCGCCAAUUCGGCUCCUGUAAUAAGUGGGAAGCAACGAUACGCCGUCAACGGGGUUUCUUACAUCAAUCCCGACACCCCUUUGAAGCUCGCCGAUCAUUUCAACAUCCCCGGCGUUUUCAGCAUUAACUCCAUUCAGAGCAGCCCGUCUUCCGGCGCCAAGAUUGCCACAGCUGUAAUGGGAGCUUCCCUGCAUGAAUUUAUCGAAAUCGUAUUUAUAAACGACGAGGAAACCAUCCAAACAUGGCAUCUUGAUGGCUACGAUUUCUGGGUCGUCGGAUUCGGUGCAGGACAGUGGUCGAAAGAUAGCCGGAAAACAUACAACCUCGAAGACGCCUUAACGAGGCAUACAACUCAGGUGUACCCGAAAUCAUGGACAGCGAUCUUGGUGUCCCUCGACAAUCAGGGCAUGUGGAAUGUCCGGUCGGCGAUGUGGGGGAGACAAUACCUCGGGCAGCAGUUUUACCUUCGAGUGUACAAUCCGACGCCGAGCCUCGCCAACGAAUACGACAUCCCGUCGAACGCUCUGCUCUGCGGUAAGGCCGCCGGGAGAAGACACAUUUAAUUCAGGUCCUUAAUUGGAUGGAAGAAAAGUAGUUUUGAGGAUUUUAAGAUUAGUAGUAUUAAUUAUUUAUAUCUGGUUUGAAUCGAAGUCAUGAGAGGUUGGCUUUUGAGUUCAUAUUGGAGGAUGAAGAGAGUCUUGUGAUCUCCAUGUUCUUGUGGUUUCAUCAAUACACUACACACGAACUAUAAGAGAUAUACAUUAUACAUAUACAUAUGUCGAUUA